CACUCGUCAGUCUGUCAUCCACUGCUCUCCCGGUUGGCUGUGGACCCGCAACCCCAAAAGAGCGAAGAGAGAACAACCGCGCUCGGCCGAUUCACCUCAGUGUGCUUCGGGACGUGGCUAGGAGAGGAGGUCAGGCCGCGCUCUCCCCAAACUUCUCUUUCCUAACCAUGCAAGCAGGCGGCAAGGGGGGCAGCAGGGCGCGCGUGUAGGCACUGAAAAGACCUCCAGAACAGCAGGGCGCCAGGGAACCGGAGAAGCAGGGAGAGGGAAGCACACCCCACCAGAUAAAGAAAAAAAAGGGAAAAAAAUACCUACCUUGGUUGGGAUUUCACACACACACACACACACGAACUCACUCACACACUCACACACACUCACUUACUCACCUUCGUCCAAACACAUGAAUCUGAACCUGGUUGAAAUGCGGUGGAGUGAACGGUGGAACGGUAGUGGUGGUGGUGGUGGUGGUAGGACGAUGAGAACCAGCAGGUCGUGGUGGUGGUGUGUGGUGGUGACGGUGGUGGUGAUGGGGGCGGUGGUGGUGAGGGGGGACUACACACACGAAUGGGCGGUUCACGUUGAAGGAGGCGAUGAUGGAGUCGCUGAAGAACUUGCAAGGAGACACGACUUCGAUGUUGCUUAUAAGGUGUUUGAUGACGUCUAUGUUCUGCGUCAUCGGAGGCUGGCAAAGAGGUCAGCUGAUCCCUCCCCGCACCACCACCAGCGCCUAGUUGAGGACCCCGCUGUGAGAUGGGCCGAACAGCAACAGGUUAAGCGGCGCGUCAAACGAGAUUACCUGAGCCAUAUCACCGGGAUCAGCUACCCCACCGCGCGCCUCAACGAUGCCAAGUGGCCCCUGAUGUGGUACCUGAACCGCGGUGGCUCCCUCGACAUGAACGUGCAGGCGGCGUGGGCAGCGGGGGCGACUGGAAAGGGCGUUGUGGUCACUAUCCUGGAUGAUGGCCUGGAGAAGGAUCACCCGGACCUCAUCAAGAACUACGACCCCAACGCCUCCUACGACGUCAACAACCACGACCCUGACCCCAUGCCCCGCUACGACCUGGUGGACAGCAACAGACAUGGGACUCGCUGCGCUGGUGAAGUCGCGGCGGACGCUAACAACUCGAUCUGCGCGGUUGGAGUCGCGUACGAGGCCAGCGUCGGAGGCGUACGGAUGCUGGAUGGCGACGUCACGGAUGCAGUCGAGGCGCGUUCCCUUGCCCUCAACCCCCAGCACAUCGACAUCUACUCAGCGUCUUGGGGUCCGGAUGACGAUGGCAAGACGGUGGAUGGACCCGGACAGCUGGCAACUCGGGCAUUUGUUGAAGGGAUUAGAAAUGGUCGUGGUGGCAAGGGGUCCAUCUUCAUCUGGGCGUCGGGUAAUGGGGGCCGCGACCAGGACAACUGCAACUGCGACGGAUACACCAACUCCAUCUGGACCCUCAGCAUCUCAUCCGCCACAGAGAAAGGCCAAGUCCCCUGGUACUCCGAGGCCUGCAGCUCCACCUUAGCCACCACCUACAGCUCCGGGUCGCUUGGGGAGAGCCAGAUCAUCACCACCGACCUCCACCACUCCUGCACCACCUCCCACACCGGCACCUCCGCGUCUGCCCCCCUCGCUGCUGGAAUCUGUGCUCUGGCCCUGCAGGUAAACCGAGACAUCACAUGGAGGGAUAUGCAGCACAUCGUGGUACGCACAGCUCGCCCUGAGAACCUUGAAGCACCUGACUGGCAGAUCAACGGUGUGGGUCGCCGCGUGUCACACAGGUUCGGCUACGGGUUAAUGGACACGUAUGGAAUGGUGAAGCUGGCACGGAACUGGACCAGCGUACCGGCUCAGCGCACCUGUGACGUCGAGGCGCCGCACAUCGACAAGCUCAUCCCCCAGAAGAGCUUCGUCUCCCUGGAGCUUGAUGUCACAGACUGUCCAGGCGUGAACUUCCUCGAGCACGUCCAGGCGAAGGUGUCCCUCACAGCUGACAGGCGCGGUGACAUCGAGAUCUACCUCUCCUCUCCGGCCGGCACCAAGUCCACUCUCUUAGCACAGCGACCCCACGACAGCUCUCGCUCUGGCUUCCACAACUGGCCCUUCAUGACGGUGCACAUGUGGGGGGAACGGCCGCUGGGGAAAUGGGUUCUUGAGGUACACAACAACGGACACUUCUUCACCACAGGAACCACCAUACUGGAGGGCUGGGAGCUCAUCUUUCAUGGCACCAAAACCAACCAUGAUACCUGGCAGUCUCGUGGAGGCCGGCGUGAUCGUGGUGGUGGCGGCAGGGGGAGUGUGGUGGGGCGUCGAGGUGGUGGUGGUAGCACUGUCCCCUACCGCCGUAACCACUCCGCCAAGCCAUCCACCACACCCCCUACAACCACCACCACUACCACGACAACCACAACCUCCCCGAGCACUACCACAUCCUUGUACCCUUAUCUCAUUGGGAAGUACCCCCGCCCAUACUCUCAUUCCCCGCCCAAGUACCCUCCCCACCCUAACCCGAAACAGUACCCCCCUCCUCACUACCCACCACAAGACUCUCUCCCCGGCCACUCGCGCCUCCCAAAUCAUCGAGACAGCUCACACCACAAGGGCAAGGCCGGGGUGAAGGACUGGAGCCUCACCAUGUACGGCACCGAGAGCGAGCCCGGCCAGGCAGUUCCCUCCCUUGUCGAGGACCAACUGCACUCCCACAUCUCCCAUAGCGACUCCACAUUGCACCAGGUCGUCGACACCACGGAGGGGAAGACAGAGACGCGUGACCCUGGCUCCCAAACCCCAGGACACCCAUCCAUGCCCUCGUCCGCGACCCGACCGGCCUCCGUGACCCCCCUCCCGGUGCCCCUGGAGAAGGUCCUUUCCGUGGGGUGCCUCCGGAGCUCAGCGGUGGGGGCUUGCCUAGAGUGCAAGAAGGACCUGUACAUCUUCAACGGGCAGUGCCUCAAGACGUGUUCGGCCGGCCACUACCCUUACGACCCGCAACAGGAGGGUGUGACCGGCGCUCCGACCUGCCACACCUGCCACUACUCUUGCCACAACUGCUCCGGGCCGCAGGACUACGAGUGUACGGAAUGCUGGGGUGAUGCCGAGCUGUAUUCGCCCUCUAAGGGCCAGAAUCUGUGUCAGCCGAGGUCGCUCCUGCAAGCAUUCAGACGGCAGGAGAGUUGGUACAUGGCCUUAGUGGGGGUGGUGAUGGGCCUGGUGGUGCUGGUGGUGGUGCUGGGGAUCCUAGUGCUGAGGAGGAGCAAGAAGUCAUCAUUCCAGCACUCUAUAACAAGGUCCCCACCCAUGAAAGGCGCUAAACCGGCUGUUAACGGAAAAAUCUCAUACAGCCUCAUGCCGCACGAAGCUCAAGACAAGUUGCUUACGAGUGUUCCGUUCCACGAUCUUACGACGGAUGAUGAAGAAGAGAAUGAUUAGGGGAAUAGUUUUUUAUUAUAGGAUUUUUUAUCAACUGUCUUCUCACUUUUUUUACUGGUUUGUUCGUUUGUGUGUGUUUUUAUGAAGGGUGAGAUCUGUUUGUUGGAAAGUGUUCUGUUCCAGGAGGUUUUUUUACAGGCAGUCCUCGGUAUGUUUAUGGGUCGGGGUCCUAAAUAUUCUUUCCGAUAACGAUUUUAUGAAUAACCAAAUGUAUUUCCCUCACAAAUCAAAGUCCUAACAGUUAUACAUCAAGCCCAGAGAGAUUUUUAUAUUAGUACUCUUUGGCAUGUGUAUGGGUUAGGGUCCUAAAAAUUCUUUCGGAUAGCGAUUUUAUGAAGAGCCAAACGUAUUUCCCAUCACACAUCAAAGUCCUAACAGUUAUGCGUCAAGCCCAGAGAGGUUUAUAUAUUGGUACUCUUCGGUGUGUGUAUGGGUCAGAGUCCUAAAAAUUCUUUCAAAGCGAUUUUAUGAAUAGUCGAACGUAUUUCCCAUCACAAAUCAAAGUCCUAGCAGUUAUACGUCAAGCCCAAAGAGGUUUUAAUAUUGGCACUCUUCGGUAUGUGGAUGCUUUAGGGUCCUUAAAAAAUUUUCAGAUGGCACUUUUAUGAAUGACCAAAUGUAUUUCCCAUCACAAAUCAAAGUCCUAGCAGUUAUACCUCGAGCUCAAAGAGGUUUUUAUUCGAUAUGUGCAUGGGUUAGGGUCCUUAAAAUUCUUUCGGAUAACGCUUUUAUGAAUAACCAAACUUCUUACUAAUCAAAAUACUAACAGUCAUGGUCUCAGAAAUUCUUUCCGAUAACAAUUUCAUGAAUAACUCAACAUAUUUUCCAAUACAAAUCAAAACACUAACAGUUAUACUCCAAGUCCAAAGAGGAGAAGCAAGCAUAUUCAUUCUGCUUAUUGGUGUGACUUAAAUUUCCCAGUCAUAAUUUACAUGGGAAAAAACAGUCCCUCACCGAAACUUGUGAUAACCAAAAAAAAAAAGAGAUUGAGGUGCUAUUGAGGGCAUAGGAAGGAGAAGCAAACAUAUCAAUUCUGCUUAUUGGUGUAGCUUAAAUUUUCCAGUCAUAACUUACAUGGGAAAAAAUACUCCUUUACCAAAACUUAUGAUAACCCAAAAAAAAAGAUUGAGGUGCUAUUGAAGGCAUGGAUGGUGCUUAAUCCUUCCGAACUGACGUUAAGCUUUUGGUGAGAUAACAUACAUAAGAUAAUAUAUGGUAAAGCAAGUGUGCGCGUCCGUCGGAAAUAUACAUAGCGAGGACUGCCUGUGAAUAAGGAAGAGGAGGAGGAGGAUGCUAAGAGGAAUGGUGCAGUGCUUAAUCAUUUCUGUCUUUGAUAUUUUACAAUCAUCCUUUUACUAGCAAUGAGGAGGAGUGUAUAUAUAAGGGGAAAGUAGUAAUGGAGCUGUACUUAACUAACCUAACCUAACCUACACCCAAUCUUAUUUAGCCUAACCUAACCUACCCUACCCAACCUUACCUAACCUACUCUAUCCUACCUAGCCCAACCUUACCUAACCUAACCUACAUCCAACCUUACCUAACCUAACCUACCCAACCUUACCUAACCUACCGGACACCCAACCUUACCUAACCUAACCUACACAACCUUACCUAACCUA